UCAAGCAUUUCCAGUCAACAAAGCAUACUGGUUUCUCAUAUAGCGAGUGGCACGCAUAAACAUACAGAUACAUUGAGCGGCGAGAGUAUAAUCUGGAAAUGGCAAGCCCAAGAGUGUUAGGGACUGCUUUCCUGGUCUUGCUUAUUUUAGACCUCACCUUUGCUGCUAGGACACUGCAGUCAAUCAGUGGAGGUGGAGGUGGAGGGCAGGGAGGAGGUGGUGGUGGUGGUUCUGGAUCAGGACUCGGGUCAGGUUAUGGUUCUGGGUCUGGAUAUGGGAGCGGUGAAGGAUAUGGUGCUGGUGGUCAUGGAGGAGGUGGAGGCAGAGGCGGAGGCGGGGGCGGGGGCGGUGUUGAGGUUAUAAGUACGGUUUUUCCCAUAAUCUGA